AUGCAUAUCGAUAUAAAAAUUGCCCCCCAAUCCGAGACAACUCUCCCCGUCUCGGCAACCAUUUGCCCCGACUCUUCACCCCGCACCGAUAAAACCAUCAAGCCACAAUAUCUCUACUUCGCCUAUGGCUCUAACCUCUCCCCAACCCAGAUGAAACAGCGCUGCAUUAUCAAUCCAUCUCUAUCAGCAAAACCACUCGCCAUCGCUACCCUCCCAAAAUGGAGGUGGCUUAUCUGUGAAGCGGGGUACGCCAACGUUCUCCCCCCACCGGGGAUGCGGGUCGGAUCACAAAACAGCGAAGCCGGGUCCAAAGUACCUGUCUCCGGAACCGAGGAUGCAGUAUACGGCGUCCUGUAUGAAAUGGAUCUUGCAGACGAAGACAGAUUAGAUGGGUAUGAGGGUGUGGACUGGGAUGCGGAGGAUGCUGACGGGAGUGGGGAGGUGGGGGUGGGGAUUCGGCCUAAGGAACAGGGGGAGGGUGACUAUAACAAAUGGUACUGUCCUGCUACUGUUGUACGGUGGCUGGACGAGGAACAAAGGGACGGCGAACAUCGGCUCAAGACGGAAAUUGGGGGACAGAUCCCGGUGCUUGUUUAUGUGGACGAGGAACGGGUGAAGUUGUCGCCGCCGAAGACCGAGUAUAUUGCGCGGAUGAACCGGGCGAUUUUGGAAUCGGUGGCGUUGGGAGUUCCCGAGAAAUGGGUUGAGGAAGUCAUGAGGCGGUUCAUUCCGGUGCAAUAG